CUUUACCGCUUCGAGCCUCCCACCAGCCCGAAGAAAACUUCUCCGUCCAUUCAGGCCGGUAUCUCAAUCCGCUCGAUCGCAUCAAUCAUAUCGCCAGCAUGUCUUUUCGCGGUCGUGGUGGCCCCAGAGGUGGCUCCGGCUUUCGUGGUGGUCGGGGAGGUUUCCAGCAGCAGUCGUUCGGUCCUCCUGCGCAGGUCCUAGAGAUGGGAUCGUUCAUGCACGCUUGUGAGGGCGAGAUGCUCUGCGAGUCGAUCAACCCCAAGAUUCCUUACUUCAACGCUCCGAUCUACCUCGAGAACAAAACCCCCAUUGGAAAGGUCGACGAGGUCCUCGGUCCCAUCAACCAGGUGUACUUCACCAUCAAGCCCCAGGAGGGAAUCGUCGCGACCUCGUUCAAGCCUGGCGACAAGGUCUACAUCGGUGGGGAUAAGCUCCUUCCUCUGGAGAAGUUCCUUCCCAAGCCUAAGCCUCCUCCGGGAUCCAAGGUCAGAAAGCCCGCAGCGGGUGGCCGUGGUGGACGGGGCGGCAGCUUUGGUGGCCGUGGAGGUGCUCCCCGAGGCCGUGGUGGUCCCCGUGGCGGCGGUGGUUUCUCCCGCGGUGGUGGUGGUGGUUUCUCCCGCGGCGGCGGUGGUGGCUUUGGCGGCCGUGGAGGUGGUGGUCGCGGCGGAGGCUUUGGCGGUGGCCGUGGUGGUGGUGGCCGUGGUGGUGGUUUCCGUGGUGGACGUUUCUAGACAGUGUCUAUCUUGUUUCGUCCUGUCUUAUUAUGGCGUUAUGGGAAAAUGGGAGCUCUUUCAGGAACCUUUUUGUCUCGAUAUUCUUGUGCAUCCUAAGAAAAAAACAGAAAGAAAACAUCAAGCCUGUCGAUACCCUCAGGCCAGUGGAUCAACAAAUACUAUUGGAUGUCACCUUUCAA